AGAGUUGUUAGUGUUUCUGAGAACGGCUGUGGGGCAUGGAAAAUAUCUGCCGAGAGACUAAUUUUAUUCUUGGAAAAUAAUAAUAGUUGCUCAUACUGUUAUAAUCCACUACUAGCAAGUAUUAGCCUUGUGUGUAUUUGCUUCAGAUCAUUUUUGAGCUUUGAAAAUGGAUAUUUAUUUAUAGGCUAAGCUGUAUAGGUGUCACUAGAAAUUCUUACCGCCAUUCUCUUUUCUUCAAAGGUAACAAAUUUGGUGUCUUCAGUCCAUUUUAAAAAUUAUGUAUUUAUUUAUUUUAUUUAUAUCAGUACACUGUCUCUAUCUUCAGACACACCAGAAGUGGGCAUCGGAUUCCAUUACAGAGGUUUUGAGCCACCGUGUGGUUGCUGGGAAUUGAACUCAGGACCUCUGGAAGAGCAGUCAGUGCUCUUAACCACUGAACCAUUGCUUCAGCCCCUAUUUUGUUUUGUUUUUCAGACAAGUCUCACUGUGUAGUCUUGGCUGGCCUGUAACUCACAAUGUAGACCAGGAUAGCCCUGAACUCACAGAGAUCUCCCUGUUUUUGCCUCCAAGUUCAGAGACCAAAGACAUAUGUUACCAUGCCUGAAUUUAGUCUACUUUUAAACUGUUCCUAACUGGGGGCUGGAAAAAUGGCUUAGUGAUUAAAAGCACUAUUUGUUCUUUCAAAGGACCUGGGAUCUGUUGCCAGCACAUGGUGCUUUCUUCUGCCUACAUGGGCAGUACACAAAUGUGUGUACAUAAACACCUACAGGUAGAACACCUGUAUAUGUAAAACAAAUGCUUAAAACAACAACAAAAACCACCAACAAACUUGUACUAAUUGCCUUGGCAGUCAUAAAUAGCACAUGGUGUUUAUGCAAAUGAAUUGUGCUAUAUCCUUGGCAGUUUGAAGUUGGGAACUGUUGCAUCUAACGUAUAUGUUUGCCACAUCUGUGUGGGGACCCACAGAACACUGUGGAGGUCAGAGGACAACCUAUGGGAGUCAGUUCCCUCUCCACUAUGUAGGUCCUAGAGUCCAAAUUCAGACCGUAGGCUUGGCAGCAGACACAUCCAUCUACUGAUCCAUCCUGCUGGCCCUUCUUGGUCCCUCUGUCUCUGUCUCUGUCUCUGUCUCUGUCUCUGUCUCUGUCUCUCUCUCUCUCUCUCUCUCUCUCUCUCUCUCUUUCUCUGUGUGUGUGUGUGUGUGUUUUAGUUUGACAUAGAAAGGAGAAGAAUGUCCUCGUGUGCAUCCGCCUGUGGAGGAGUCUUCCCACAGCAGUCAUCCACCUUGGUGGUGCUAACAGUUUGGAAUGGAUAGAUCCUGAGAUAGAAUAUACAUUUGAGAAUUCUUGUGACAUUCUUUUCGUCUGCUCAUGAGAUACCAACAUAGCACCUUCCUGUCUAAUAACCAGAAAUGUCUCCUGACAGAUGUCUUUCUGUGCAGCAAAGUCACUAGAGUGCCAUGAAAACUCUGGGUACAUGCAUGCAGAAGUGGGAUGGCCUGCUUUUUCUGAUCCAGAUUCGUAAGACAGUAUUACCAAUAUGACCUUAAGUAGGACUUUCUCCCAACGUAGCUGCUUCUCCGGAGGAUCUUGUCCUAGACCAGCAUUGGUUUUGUAGUCCUAGAGGACAGUGAAUGGAUUGAAAAUGGCUGUGUGGAUGUUUAUCCCCAACCAGCACCAGACUUCUUUCCUUGAAUUGUCUCUCUGAAUCUGGAUAUCUGUCUUUUAAGGUGUUGGGGGUGAAGGAGAAAGGGAUGCACAGAUUUAAUGCCCUGAUACAAUGCUUAGGGUGGAGGGUGUCCUCAACAAGUGUUUGUCAGAUUAAUACCAGGUAAUGGUGAAGAUGGAGUUGAAAGGCAAAAGCCUCUGAGUUGUUGCUUAGCUCUGCCCUUGACUUGAAUCCUUGGGUCUAGCAGUGCUGUGGGGGUGGAGACAGCUGGGAAUAUUGUGGAAUGAAUCCCAGGUUUGAAAUGUCAGUCUAACCUUGUCUUGGUAGGAGUCAACAGUAGCUUCCCUGAAGAGCGGCCUCUUCUCCUUGCUGCCUGGAGUUGACAUUGUUUCCUGCCGGCAGAAUCAGUGACAUGCCAGCCCUAGCGGGAUGACUGGGUGUUCCGUCAGCGGGGAUGUGGUCAUUGACGGCCAAUGAGGACGAGGACGAGAGCGCUACGGCCCACUUCUUUCUUGGAGCUGGAGAUGAGGGGUUGGGCACCUGUGGAAUAGGCAUGAGGACAGGAGAGAGUGACAGUGAACUCCUUGAGGACGAGGAGGAUGAGGUGCCCCCAGAACCUCAAAUUAUUGUUGGCAUCUGUGCCAUGACCAAGAAAUCCAAGUCCAAGCCAAUGACCCAAAUCCUAGAGCGGCUCUGCAGAUUUGACUAUCUGACCGUUGUCAUCCUGGGAGAAGAUGUGAUCCUAAAUGAGCCCGUGGAGAACUGGCCACCCUGCCACUGUCUCAUUUCUUUCCACUCCAAAGGCUUUCCUCUCGACAAAGCUGUUGCUUAUUCCAAGCUUCGAAACCCCUUCCUUAUCAAUGAUCUGACCAUGCAGUAUUACAUCCAAGACAGGAGGGAGGUGUACCGGAUCCUACAGGAGGAGGGUAUUGAUCUGCCACGAUAUGCUGUGCUCAACCGUGACCCUGCCUGUCCUGAGGAGUGCAACCUGAUAGAAGGUGAAGACCAGGUGGAGGUUAAUGGAGCUGUCUUUCCCAAGCCCUUCGUGGAGAAGCCAGUGAGUGCAGAGGACCACAAUGUUUACAUCUACUACCCUAGCUCUGCUGGAGGAGGAAGCCAGCGCCUCUUCCGUAAGAUCGGCAGCCGGAGCAGUGUGUACUCUCCUGAGAGCAGUGUCCGGAAGACAGGAUCGUACAUCUAUGAGGAGUUCAUGCCAACGGAUGGCACAGACGUUAAGGUGUACACAGUGGGGCCAGAUUAUGCCCAUGCUGAAGCUAGAAAGUCUCCAGCUUUGGAUGGGAAAGUUGAACGAGACAGUGAGGGGAAAGAGGUUCGAUAUCCAGUCAUGUUGACUGCCAUGGAAAAGCUGGUGGCCAGGAAGGUCUGCGUAGCUUUUAAGCAAACAGUUUGUGGAUUUGACCUUCUUCGUGCCAAUGGUCACUCUUUUGUGUGUGAUGUCAAUGGCUUUAGCUUUGUCAAGAACUCAAUGAAGUACUAUGAUGACUGUGCCAAGAUUCUGGGGAACACCAUUAUGCGGGAGCUUGCCCCACAGUUCCAGAUACCUUGGUCCAUCCCCACAGAAGCUGAGGACAUUCCCAUUGUCCCUACCACAUCUGGCACUAUGAUGGAACUCCGUUGUGUCAUCGCAAUCAUCCGUCACGGGGACCGAACCCCAAAGCAGAAGAUGAAGAUGGAGGUGACGCACCCAAGGUUUUUUGCUCUAUUUGAAAAACAUGGUGGAUAUAAGACAGGAAAAUUAAAACUUAAGCGGCCAGAGCAGCUCCAGGAGGUGCUGGACAUUACGAGGCUGCUGUUGGCUGAGCUGGAGAAGGAACCAGGAGCUGAGAUUGAGGAGAAGACUGGGAAGCUCGAGCAGCUGAAGUCUGUGCUGGAGAUGUAUGGUCACUUCUCAGGUAUUAAUCGGAAGGUGCAGUUGACCUACUACCCCCACGGAGUGAAAGCGUCGAGCGAGGGCCAAGAUCUGCAGAGAGAGCCACCAGCGCCAUCUCUCCUGCUGGUGCUCAAGUGGGGUGGAGAGCUGACACCUGAUGGCCGCGUUCAGGCAGAGGAGCUGGGGCGGGCUUUCCGUUGCAUGUAUCCUGGAGGCCAGGGUGACUAUGCUGGCUUCCCUGGCUGUGGGCUGCUUCGUCUCCAUAGCACUUUCCGUCAUGACCUCAAGAUCUACGCAUCUGACGAGGGCCGCGUCCAGAUGACUGCUGCUGCGUUUGCAAAGGGCCUCUUAGCUCUAGAAGGGGAGCUUACACCCAUUUUGGUACAAAUGGUGAAGAGCGCCAACAUGAAUGGGCUGCUGGACAGCGACAGUGACUCCCUGAGCAGCUGCCAGCACCGUGUGAAGGCACGACUGCAUCACAUCUUGCAGCAGGAUGCACCCUUUGGCCCCGAGGACUAUGACCAGCUGGCUCCGACUGGAAGUACUUCUCUGCUCAACUCCAUGUCUGUAAUCCAGAAUCCUGUGAAAGUCUGUGAUCAGGUAUUUGCCCUGAUUGAAAACCUUACCCACCAAAUUCGGGAACGGAUGCAGGACCCCAGCUCUGUAGACCUGCAGCUCUACCACAGUGAAACACUAGAGCUAAUGCUACAGCGUUGGAGCAAACUAGAGCGUGACUUUCGACAAAAGAGCGGGCGCUAUGAUAUCAGUAAGAUCCCCGACAUCUAUGACUGUGUCAAGUAUGAUGUACAACACAAUGGGAGUCUGGGACUUCAAGGCACAGCCGAGUUGCUACGUCUUUCAAAAGCUCUGGCCGAUGUGGUCAUUCCCCAGGAAUACGGCAUCAGUAGAGAAGAGAAAGUGGAAAUCGCUGUGGGCUUCUGCCUUCCACUGCUGCGGAAAAUCCUACUUGACCUGCAGAGAACUCACGAGGAUGAGUCUGUCAACAAGCUGCACCCCCUGUACUCGCGUGGAGUGCUCUCUCCAGGCCGCCAUGUUCGAACUCGGCUCUAUUUCACCAGUGAGAGCCAUGUUCACUCCCUACUCAGUGUCUUCCGUUAUGGGGGACUUCUCGAUGAGACCAAGGAUGCACAGUGGCAGCGAGCUUUGGCGUAUCUUAGUGCCAUCUCAGAGCUCAACUACAUGACCCAGAUUGUUAUCAUGCUUUAUGAGGACAACACACGGGACCCCUUGUCAGAGGAGCGGUUCCAUGUGGAGCUACAUUUCAGCCCUGGUGUGAAAGGAGUUGAGGAAGGCAGUGCCCCAGCCGGCUGUGGAUUCCGUCCAGCCUCUUCUGAGAACGAGGAGAUGAAAACAGAUCCAGGCAGCAUAGAGAACCUAUGCCCAGCAAAGCCGUCAGAUGAGCCAGACCGAGCCCUGCAGACCUCACCCCAGCCUGUUGAGGGCACUGGCCUCCCGAGGAGAUCACCCCUCAUUCGUAAUCGAAAAGCUGGCUCCAUGGAGGUCAUGAACAUGCAGUGCACAGGGAACCUGGACCUGAUCCCCUUGAGGGGACGGCGCCGCAGGAGGUCAGGAGACCUCCCCAGGCUUUCCCCAGCCAUCAGUCUACAGCCCCGGGCUGUGUCCACCACUCACCUGGCUUCCUGCACACAGGUGCUGUCUGAAACUUCGUCUUCAAGACCUGGUGGCUAUCGGCUGUUUUCAUCUUCACGGCCACCAACAGAGAUGAAACAGAGCGGCCUAGUGUAGCCCAGACUUUAAGGGACCAUGGAGGCUCUGACCCUUCAGAGUUAUCAAUGACAGAGGUAUAACUGGAGGUAUUUGUGACCCACCAUUGUCUUAUGUUCAUAUGAGACCUUGUGCCAUGUCUUCCUCUGAAGCCUGGUUUUCACUCCCUGCUUUUCUAAUCCUGUAACGUUUUCCUUUCCUUCCGGAAGCUUGAGGGACACCAAUCUGAGACGGGUGUAGAGGCAGAGGCUUCUCGAGGCUUUGAGGGAAAGUCUCUUGAUUUUUUUGAAUCCUGGAAAGGGGUGGAGAACAUCAUCCAACCUUUUCUAAGGACACUUGAGGAGGCACCAAGCUCAGGGUACAGUAUUCUUUGGAAGGGGUAGUCCUUGAGGCAGGCCAUCUCUGAACUGGACUAAUUGGAAGCCAGAGAUGACCGUGUGGGGUUUGAACUGGUUCUCCUGGCUCAUUUUUAAAAUUUUGUCCUAUUCUUUCAAUUUAAAUCCUCUAAUUUUUCUGUUACUUUUGUUCUUGCUGCUUGAUUUUUCAUCCAAAAUGGUUAACAUUUGAACUAGAGGAGAAAUGUUUUGGUAACUUUCCAAGAUAAUUGUAUAGGUACCAAUUGCCUUCUAGAAUCCUGAACUGAGUUGUUGGUUUGGGGCAUGAGGAUUAAAUGGCAACUGUGCAGGUCUGUGAUAUAGAAACCCUAGUACACAUGAUCUUGUCCAAAACACCAAGAAACAGAAAGACCCAGUAAAGAUUAGAUUUCAGGUAUGUUAGAAAGUAGAUACGUGUGCAAGUGGGAGUUAUAUCAAGAAUAAGGUACAAAGGGGUUGGGGAUUUAGCUCAGUCAGUGGUAGAGUGCUUGCCUAGCAAGCACAAGGCCCUGGGUUCGGUCCCCAGCUCCGAAAAAAAAAAAAAAAAAAGAAUAAGGUACAGGAGCCAGGCAUGGUAGUGCACAGUUUUAAUCCUAGCACUUGGGUGGUUUGGAGGCAGAGGUAGGUAGAUCUCUAGGAGUUUCAGGCCUGCCUGAUCUACGUAAUGAGUUCUAGGCCAGUUAUGAAUUCUAGGUCAGCCAAGGCUGCACAGUGAGACGCUGUCUCAAACAAAAUAAAACAAAUAAAACAAAUAAAGGAGAAGAUCAAGAGGAGGAAGAGGAGGAAGCAUAAGGCACAGGAAGCUGCAUAUACAGGACAGUGGCAUGUGCCUAUAGACCAAAUCUAGCUACAUGGACAACAUAGGAAGACUCCUAUCUCAAAAGCAAACUGAAGAAGGCAGAGCUAGGGACGCACAGGCCUUGUGACAGAUGGUGGUGGAAAGACUGCCUCUGAGGUAUACUGGCAUGAAUGUACCACAGAAUUACUCAGUAGAGGAAGUAAAUGGACGCACGACAGCUUGGUGUGGUCUGGGAUAGAGCUUAAGUUCUCUCUAAAGACAAGCAGACAUCUUGGGCAAUGUGUCCCCUCUCCCUUAAGCCUGAUUUGGCAUGAAAGUUGGAAGAUGUUGCUGCAGAGAGGUCCUGAGUUCCAAGGUAGAAAAUUGUUUUCCACCAAGCUUUCUGAUUUUUCUUACAGCUCUGAAAUACUGGGACCCUGGUCUUCUUUGUAGGCUCUGGGAAAACUAUCCUCUUCUCCAGUCUGAAUAUGAAUGUGAUCUCCCCUGCCAAGCCCAGGGUCUUGGUUAUGAUGGAUUUGGAAGUAGAAGAUCAUAUCCCAAGAAUCUGAAUUCAGCCUUCUUUUGGUCUUUGUUUUUUUUGAGACAGCCUUUCUACAUAACCCUUGCUGCCCUAGAACUCACUUUGUAGACCAGGCUGGCCUCAAACUCACAGAGAUAUGCCUGCCUCUGCCUCCUGAGUCCUGGGAUUAAGGGUGCGCACCCUGACUCCUAAAUAUCAGUCCUGUGACUUCCCUGUCCUCAAAGGCUGGAGAUGGAGGAUGGCGAGUCCAGCCCUGCUCUCCAUCACAGUGGGGAGAGGAACUGACCUGACUCACAGAGGUCCUUCCAGUUUCAUCUAUUCCUCAGAUUGGCACCUCUUUUUGCUCUCCCUGAACUUACACGUGUGAGCAGCUGGGUUUGAUCACAGAGCUUGCAAGACAGUAAACUUUUCAGAGCGGGGGGGAGGGGGGGAAGCAUUCUUUUGUUGUUUCCUACUCUCGGUCUUAAUUAGGGUGCUUAGCACAUAAUUGGCAUGCACACCCUACUUUAUAAGCAACUGACUUUUCAUCUAUCUUCUGAUUUGUGUCCAUCUUGAUUUCAGAAUCUAUGCUGUUUCUCUGUGAAAACAAAAACAAAAACAAAAACAAAAACAAAAAAAAAAAAAAAAAAACAAACCCUCUUUUCUAACAAACACGGUUAGUCCUUGGAGAGAUCUAGAUUCCUGUCCCCCUUAGCUCCCAUACUAUGACCCUGAGCAAAGGAGACAGACCCUUUUGGAUCUGUUUCUUCACGAGAAGUAUAUAAAACGAGAAAGUUACACUAGAUGGUCUCUGAGUCCCUUUUGGCUUUUAAAGUACAAGCCUCGGGUCUGGAGAGAUGACUCAGCGGUUAAGAGCACUGACUGCUCUUCCAGAGGUCCUGAGUUCGGUUCCCAUAUGGUGGCUCACAGCCAUCUGUAAUGGGGAUCCAAUGCUCUCUUCCGGUGUGUCUGAAGACAGUGACAGUGUACACAUGUAAAUAAAAUAAAUAAACCUUAAAAAAAGAAAAA